AUGGAGGGCUUCUUGCUGGUCCCUCCCGACCGGACCGCCCUGAUCGGUCGUGCUGCCUGGAAGCAACGUUUUGUCGUUGUUGGCAGUCCGCAGAGAGAUGUGGUACAGUCUAGCCCAAGUCUGUCGCAGGUUCUAUCCACGAGCCGUAUCAAGGACGCUCGUGGGUCCAGCAAUAAGAUCAAGCAGAUUCCGGCUCCCGAUGCCGUAUACUUGUCAAUAUACAAAAACAAGGAGGACUGGGAUGCCGUCCAGCAACACUCGUUCGCCUCCAUAACCGAUUGCGUCGUGCAGAACUUUGCCCUUCGGAAGCAGGGCCCGCCGUCGCCAACACUCAUCCUACAGAUCUCUCCCGACCCAGCCACGGACAAGCUUCGAAAGCGGCGGUCGAGUCGCACAGCUGGCUUGACUUCGACAAAGGACUCUGGGCCGAUGACGCUGUACUUUCGCCCUGCCGACGAACACUACACGCUGCAUGACUGGGCUCGGUGCAUCUCCUCUCUGAUGCAACCGGGAGUCCCGGGAGGGAAAGCUUUCCAGACUCCGAGCACGCCCAUUUCCCCCCUCUUUUCGAACCCCUUCGCUACAUCAUCCCGUGACGCCUCCGAGUCGAUUCGGCAAACUGUAUCGCAUAGCCAGAGCCAAUCGAGUCAAUCAAGAUCGAGCAGAGACAGGCCUGUUACCUUUUCGUCAGGAUCGCCAAGUCUGAGGUCGAGGAAGAGUGACUUGUCAUCGCAUGCGAGCUCGGUCAACGCAAUGGGCAUGGGGUACAUGGUUCCCGGCCAGCACUAUACCACUGUGCUGCCCACGGAUCUCCCAUCACCAGCGACCACGGUCUUUGACUAUCCAGGAGACUACAUGCUUGGAUGGACAUCAGCUCAGGGACGCUCGUCCACGUUGAGCUCUCCAAUCCGGGGCAGGGGCAGCGUAGGUUCCCAAGGCCAGCAGGGCCCGCCAAUGUCAACGUCGCCUCCGUUUCCUAGAGAGACGAUCCUCGACCGUGCGUUCCAGAUGAGGCGCAUUCCGGGAUCGGACCGGGAAGCCCUUCCGGGUGAGGAGAACCUUAGCUCGUUGGCCAGAUUCGAAGCUCUGAUGCGGGAGAAGGAGGAGCAACGGAAGAAGGAAAAGGAGAAGUUGACGCUCAUCACACCACCCAUGACGAGCACGUGGGAGGACGAUGAUUCCGACCAAGACGAUCUCAACGACGCAACCGACGACGAAUCCACAGAUGAAGAUGUCUUUGAGGAGGAGAUAACGGGCGACAGGCAUGCAAUUGGCCCAUCGACGCAUCGCAGCCUCCAUUACCUUUCCAACCGGCACAGUUCGAUUUCCCAUACUGGAAGGACAGCUCUGAGCUUCCAUGCAGACUCGGGAGCAUACGAUGGCUCGUCUAUUGCCCGCCCACAUACCGCCCAUUCCCGGCCACGGCCUCUCAUGUCCCCUAGGACAACCAGCCAACCACAGGUGCCCUCAUCACCACUCGAACCUCCACCCAGACCGCGAGAAGACGCCAACCUCCGGCCACACGCUGAACACCGGAAUUCCGCCUCGAGUGCAAAGCGUCUCAGUUUUACCGAAUUCACCCGCCGCCUUAGCAGUACGAGUAGUCUUUUAAUAGUUCAGACCAACCAAAGCACUGGUAGUAGUAGGGCCAGUAGCGAGUAUGAAGCUCAGCAGACCACACCCCGAAGCGGGCACAACACUCGCAACACACCGCGACCUACCGAACAAGAAAAGUGCAAUUGGCGCGGCAGCAUUGGAGUGUUUGGAGGCGGCGAAGGUGGUUUCCUAUGA